GCUACCAUGAAGUAGCUUCGUAUCCCUCUAUAGUAAACAUGGCUGGACUCCUGGCGCGGGCAGUACUACCAAUCUUUCACGAUUUGGGUCCUAACAGUUUACUUCAAAUCCAAAAGAGUCCAGUUUUUUUAAGGAAAGCAGCAAGAUGCUGGAGCAGUGAGGCAGCUCCUGCGGUGAAGAUCACAGCUCCACGCACUUCUGUUCAUCACCCAGGUCUCCACACACAAGACCAUCUGGGUUUGUGGUACACCUUACAGCCAGAUGCAGUGAAACAACUUUUUGGGCAUGGUGGCAUUCCCAUGCAGUAUGUGACACAAUGUAAAACAUUUGCUGAGACCUGCCUCAUGAUUAGAAAACCAGCACUUACUGCCAUUGACUACAUCAAGAGAACAAACCUUUCAUUACCUCCAAAUAAAUUUAUUCUUUAUGGCAAUGAUGGUGUUGGAAAAUCUUUGUCACUAGUGCAUAUUACUCAUUUCUUGUCGGAGGAUGGAUGGCUACUGAUUCAUCUUCCAUGGGCACCUCGCUGGAGGAGAGGCUUCAAGGAGAUAGCACAGUCAGCCUCUGUGCCUGGCCGUUAUGAUCAUCCUCUCGAUGCUGUUAUGUGGCUUCAGCAUUUUAAAUCUCAGAAUUCUGAACUUCUUAAGACCUUGCAGCUUGUGACGAGCGAGAAGUAUAUGUGGUCUAGACGUGAAGUGACAGAGGUUGGAGUUCCCCUUUCAGAACUAAUAGAGACGGGUAUAUCUCGGGCCCGAUAUGCCUCAGAUUGCAUUAUGGCUCUUGCCACUGAGCUGAAGCAGUAUGCUACAGCAAAAAGAUGCAAGGUUGCUGUUGUGGCUGAUGGCAUCAACACGUUCUUUUGCACAUCCUCGCGUUAUCGUCUGGAGGAUCUGACGUACUUGAAUCCAGAGAAAUUCACCAUCCAUCAGGCAUUCUUACAACUUUUUGGCAAUGAUUGGAGAAAUGGAAUUGUAGUUGGAUCUGUUGAUAGAUUAGCCAAUGAUGGGCACCGACGAGAUUCUUAUUUGCCACGAUAUCUCCUGCGACAGAAGGGAUGGGAGACAUUAGACCCUUUUAUUCCCAUUCUGGUGUCAAACUACAAUGAAUUGGAAAUGCAGAGCAUUGUGGAUUAUUAUGUUGACCGGCGUUGGCUGCAGAACGAGAAGGGAGCUUCAGAUGUUGGACGAUGGGAACUGGCUUCCCUUAGUGGUUGUAAUCCAUAUACCUUAAUGCAUGUAACUAAAUCACUUUAACAGAAUAAAAUGGAGAAAUAGCAGUGUACAGUUAUUUAAUAAAAUAUAGAACCAAAACAAU